UUUACAAAAAUUUAAAAAUUCAACACAAAAUGGUACAGUACAUCAAAUUAACAAACGCUCCGUGGUACAUCUAAAUAAACCGCCCCAAAAAUUCAGAAAAUGAUUCCAUAUCUUCUUUCCUAGAAAGAGUAGGUUGGAGAGAAGAUAAGAGAAUGGGGGAGAGGGAGGCGAAGUUUCUGGAGCCAUGGCACCGUCUGGAGGACAAGGUAGUGUUGGUCACUGGCGCCUCCGCCGGAUUAGGUCGAGAGUUCUGUUUAGACUUGUCUAAGGCCGGCUGCCGAGUCAUAGCGGCGGCGCGGAGGACCGACAAACUGCGAUCCCUAUGCGACGAGAUAAACAGCGGCGGCGCCGUCGUGGAUCGGCGUAGAGCAGUCGCCGUCGAACUCGACGUGAGCGCUAACGGUGCGGCGAUUGAGGCUUCUGUACGGAAGGCUUGGGACGCGUUCGGCAGAAUUGAUGCUUUGGUUAAUAAUGCUGGUGUUCGAGGUCGAGUGCACACUCCAUGGAAUCUGUCGGAGAAAGAGUGGGAUGAAAUAGUGGGGACGAAUAUGACUGGUACUUGGUUGGUUUCUAAGCAUGUUUGUAUGCUUAUGCGUGAGGCUAAACGGGCCGGGUCUAUUAUCAAUAUCUCUUCUACUUCCGGUGUGGGCCGUGGGUUUCGACUCGGAGGCCUUGCUUAUGUCAGUAGCAAGGGUUCUGUUAACUCAAUGACUAAGGUGAUGGCUCAGGAAUUGGGACCUGACAAAAUUCGAGUCAACUCCAUUUCACCAAGUCUCUUCAAAUCUGAGAUAACCAAAGAUUUAGUAGAGAAAGCAUGGCUUAAAAAUGUGGUUCGCAAAAUCGUCCCUCUGAGAGUUCUUGGGACAACAGAUCCUGCAUUGACAUCCCUCCUUAGGUACUUGAUUCACGACUCUUCCGAGUAUGUCACCGGCAACAUCUUUAUUGUCGACUCAGGAGACACUUUGGUAGGUACCCCUAUAUUUUCAUCUCUUUAAAUUUUCUAAGUAUGGAUGGUUUCUGGUGAAACAUUAGUAAUUAAACAACUUCUUGGAGCAAGAAAAUGAAUAUCGGACUUAUUUGGUGUAUUGAAUAAUACAUACUUGAAUAUGAUCUUGGGGGAGAUUAUUUAUAGUUGUGUCUUGCCUGUAUUAUGAUUUAUUUGAAGAUUUGUUGGU